UUUGAUUUUUGAAGUUGAACCCACCUCGAGGAAGAGAAAUAUCUCUAAUCUAUCAUGGGAACUGAGGGCUCAUCCGCGGGCAUUUCGGAGCCUUUUGUUUCGGAUUCUCAGGAGGCCCAGUUACCGGAAUCCGAACGUAUUCCGGGAUGGAAGGACCAAAUUACCAUCAGAGGGUUGGUGGUCAGUGCAGUGUUGGGGAGCUUGUUCUGCGUUAUCACCCACAAUCUUAAUUUGACAGUUGGGAUUGUUCCUUCGUUGAACAUCGCAGCUGGGUUGCUGGGCUUUUUCUUCGUUAAGAUCUGGAAUGGGUUCCUGUCCAAGUUGGGACACUCCACCAAACCCUUCACUAGACAAGAGAAUACCGUCAUUCAGACAUGUGUUGUUGCUUGUUAUGGCCUCGCUUACAGCGGUGGGUUUGGUUCAUCCAUCAUUGCAAUGGAUGAGAGAACAUAUCAACUCAUUGGUCCUGACUAUCCUGGUAAUAGAGCUGAAGAUGUUAAAAACCCAGGCUUGGUUUGGAUGAUUGGUUUCAUGUUUAUUGUCAGUUUCCUUGGGCUCUUUAGUCUUGUCCCACUUCGAAAGAUUAUGGUCAUGGAUUAUAAGCUUACAUAUCCCAGUGGAACUGCCACGGCAAUGUUAAUUAACGGCUUCCACACAUCAAUUGGAGCUGAACUUGCAGGGAACCAAGUUCGGCGAUUGGGGAAGUAUUUGAGUAUAAGUUUCUGCUGGAGCUGCUUCAAGUGGUUCUUCAGUGGUAUUGGAAAUUCAUGUGGAUUUGGCAACUUUCCUAGCUUUGGUUUGACACUUUUUAAGAACACGUUCUACUUUGACUUCAGUUCAACUUAUGUUGGAUGUGGUCUCAUCUGUGCUCACAUAGUUAAUUGUUCAGUUCUUCUUGGAGCCAUCAUAUCUUGGGGUUUUUUGUGGCCCUUUAUCUCUAGCUAUGCUGGGGACUGGUAUCCAGCUAAUCUUGGUAGCAAUGACUUUAAAGGUCUUUAUGGGUAUAAGGUGUUCAUAGCUAUUUCCCUUAUUCUAGGAGAUGGUGUAUACAAUUUGGUCAAGAUUAUAGUGAUAACUGUAAGGGAGAUGUGUGGAACAUGCUUAAAACAGAACAGCCUUCCUGUUGUGGCAGGGGUUCAUAAUGAUGAGAGUUCUCAAGUGCGAUUGGAACAAAGGAUGAAGGAUGAGAUAUUUUUAAAGGACAGGAUUCCCUUCUGGUUUGCGGCCUCUGGGUAUGUGGGCCUUGCUGCAAUAUCCAUAGGAACAAUACCAAUUAUCUUUCCUUCUCUCAAAUGGUACCUCGUUUUGUGCUCCUACAUUCUUGCCCCUGCUCUUGCCUUUUGCAACUCUUAUGGUGCUGGACUCACAGACAUGAGUCUACCUUCCACUUAUGGUAAGAUUGGUCUUUUUGUUGUGGCCUCAUCUGCUGGCCCGAAUGGUGGGGUAACAGCAGGGAUAGCAUCCUCUGCUGUGAUGAUGUCCAUUGUGGCAACUGCAGCUGAUCUCAUGCAAGAUUUUAAGACAGGUUACCUCACCCUAUCAUCAGCGAAGUCUAUGUUUGUGAGCCAGUUAGUUGGAACAGCCAUGGGUUGUGUCAUUGCUCCCCUCACAUUCUGGUUGUUCUGGACUGCUUUUGAUAUUGGAUCACCUGAUGGUCCCUAUAAAGCACCCUUUGCUGUUAUAUACAAAGAAUUGGCCAUAUUAGGUAUUGAAGGAUUCUCUGAGCUUCCAAAGCAUUGCCUGGCCUUAUGUUGUGGUUUCUUUGUGGCAGCUCUACUACUUAAUCUUCUGAGAGAUGCGACUCCCAAGAAGGUAUCGCAGUAUAUUCCUAUACCAACCGCCAUGGCAGUUCCCUUUUUCAUUGGUGCCUACUUUGCUGUAGACAUGUUUGUUGGAACAGUGAUAUUGCAUGUAUGGGAGCGGUUGGAUAAAAAGGAUGCAGAUGACUAUGCCAGAGCAGUUGCUUCAGGUUUAAUAUGUGGUGAUGGGAUAUGGACAAUUCCAUUAGCAAUCCUCUCUAUUUUGAGCAUCAGCCCCCCGAUCUGCAUGUCCUUCAGCCCUUCUGUAAGCGGCUGAAUAUGAAAAUUCAUACCAUAUCUGCAGUUCCCUACAUUAACUUGGAAACUGGAAUGAUUUUGCAAGCCCAUGUAAAUGUGUGUGUGUGUGUGUGUGUGUGUGUUCAUGCAAAUGUCAUGGUAAAUAUCUAUCUAUAAUCUAUCUGCAUUUUCUUGA